CUUAAGCGGUUAUACUCCUCCCCUCGCAUGCCGGCAAGAGAUAAGAGCCAAAAAACCGAGGGGCCCCCAAUGUGUCAGAAAAAGCACCCUCGCUCUCAACUUGGAGGAGCUGUCAAAAUGACUGAUUCCAAGUCAGCAGAUAAGAAGCCGGCAGAUGACGGUGCGAGGAAAAGCAAAAAGAAGCCAGAUAAAUGGAGACAAAAGGGACCCAGGGAUCCAUUUGAAAUGUUGGACACCCUGCCGGAAAAAAAGCAGCAGGAGAUCCAAAGGGCACUACACCUUUUCUCCUUGGGACAAACUCUACCCAGGACGCUGAAGCAGGCCAAGAGACGCACUUACAAGUUCUGGGACACACAGCCGGUCCCUAAAUUUGGUGAAGCCAUGACAAGCCAGGGCCAAAUAACAGAAGGUGAAGCCAGCGUUCGAGAGGCGCCUUACUCUCUGCCUCAGGGUUUCUCCUGGGACACCGUGGACCUGAGCAACCCCACGGAGCUGCAAGAGCUUUGUACGCUGCUCAAUGAGAACUACACUGAGGAUGAUGACAACACCAUCAGAUAUGACUUUUCUAUGGAGUAUCUGCGAUGGGCCUUGCAACCUCCAAAUUGGCUGGCCCAGUGGCACUGCGGCAUCAGGGUGGAUUCUAAUAAGAAGCUAGUGGGCUUCAUCGGAGCAGUCCCUGCAGAUGUGCAUAUAUACGACAUGGAGAAGCGAACGGCGCAGAUCAAAUUUCUGUGUGUUCAUAAGAAGCUACGCCUCAAGCGAAUGACCCCGGUUUUGAUUCGGGAGCUUACUAGACGUGUUCAACAGCAGGGUGUGGGCCAGGCGGUGUACACAGCUGCUAUAGUGCUGCCUACACCCAUCAGCUCCUGCAGUUUAUGGCAUCGACCCCUGAACCUCCGUAAGCUGGUGGAGAUGGAGUACCCAGGCAUACGAGGAGACAUGCCUCUGCAGAGAGCCCUCAAAUUCAACCGCCUCCCUGAGGUGACAAAGAUACCAGGUUUGCGAGCGAUGGUCAAAAACGAUGUCGUGAGGACGCACGCUCUUCUGCAAGCAAACCUCAGCAAGUUUCACCUCAAGCACAGUUGGUCUCUGCAGGAAGUGGAGCACUGGUUCUUGCCAAGAGGGGGUGUGAUUGACACCUAUGUGGUGGAGGAUGAUGAUGGUGCACUCACGGAUGUGGUGAGCUUCUACGGAAUCUCCUCCAAGGUAUUAAACCACGCGGUUCACAAGGACUUGAAGGUGGCUCACCUCUUCUAUGUUGCAUCAAACGGCGGUGCAGACCUUGCUGAGCUCAUGGAGGACACGCUGGUCCUGGCGAAAUCUAAAGACUACGAUAUCUUCAUUGUUCUCGAUGUGAUGGAUAACAACACUUACCUGGAAAAGCUCAAAUUCAACAUCAGCGGCAAGAACCUACAUUACUACUUGUACAAUUGGAUGUGUCCAAGAAUGAGUCCAGACAAGGUGGGCAUGGUGUUACCAAACUAAAAGGAGAUGAUGGCGGAGCAGCAAGAAUUUCUAGCGUGAAAUGGCCAUCUGCAAAACACUCAGAAUCAAUAAAACAAAUAAAGCGAAGUGAACACA